AUGAUUUCCUCACAAAUCCACUCCCUCAUCGUCCUCCUCCUUCUGGCACUCUCCGCCGGCGACCAAAUCUCCGCCGCUAUUGAGACGGAGACAGAGCCGGUACCUGCGCCAUGGCCGGAGCAGUUCCACGCGUUGCUUUUAAUGAACAAAUCUGGGUCUUUGGAGAUUGUGGACCUUUGGUACGACUGGGUCAAUGGACGUAACUUCAACAUCAUUCAGAAGCAGCUUGGUAAACUCACUUACGACCUCGAAUGGAACAAUGGCACAUCUUUCUAUUACACACUCGACGCUUCCAAAACUUGUCGUACCGUUCAUUUCGAGGUUGGAAUCCUGAGACCAAACUGGCUAGAUGGAGCAAACUAUUUGGGUCAAAGACAAGUGAAUGGAUUUCUCUGCAACUUAUGGGAGAAGGUUGACUUCUUAUGGUAUUAUGAGGAUGUCAUCACCAAGAGACCAGUACAAUGGAUCUUCUAUACAGGUAGGGAAGCUCAUGUGAUGACAUUUGAGGUUGGAGCUGUACUAGAGGACGAGAAAUGGCAAGCUCCUGUCUAUUGUUUCCACAAUGAGAAGAAGAAUAGUGAGUAA